CUCUUUCAAAGAGGAAAUCAUAUGUAUCCACUCUCCUCUGAAUCCUCUCACAUUUGAAAAACUCACCUGUUGACAAGAGGAGUCGCCUCUUCAUCAUAGAAGGAGACAAACAACCCACAGGCUUACAUCACUGGGAGCAAUUACAGUAGACACAGAGACCUUUCAAGUCACAACUGAAAAGAGGAAGAAGUUUAAUUUAAAGAGCAAAUCCACUCUCCACGAUGGUGUCUGCUGGGCUACAAAUACUGGGAGCAGCUCUGGGGAUCCUGGGCUGGAUUGGUGCCAUCAUCGUGUGUGCCCUUCCCAUGUGGAAAGUCACUGCUUUUAUCGGCAGCAGCAUCAUCACCGCACAGACCCAAUGGGAAGGUAUUUGGAUGAACUGUGUGAUCCAGAGCACAGGCCAGAUGCAGUGUAAGGUUUACGACUCCAUGCUGGCCCUCACCUCUGACCUCCAGGCUGCCCGGGCCUUGAUCAUCAUCGCCAUCAUGGUGGGCAUCAUGGCUAUUCUGCUCUCUGUAGCCGGGGGACAAUGCACCAACUGCGUGGAGAAUGAGACAUCCAAGACCAAGGUGGGAAUUGCAUCAGGAGUUACGUUCAUCAUAGCUGGGAUCCUCUGCCUCAUCCCUGUCUGCUGGACAGCUCACGCCGUCAUCCAAGACUUCUACAACCCACUAGUGCCCCAGGCUCAGAAGAGAGAGAUCGGCUGCAGCGGCGUAACCAUGGCUUCUCAGGGUCUCCAGAUCAUGGGUGUGCUGCUGGCCUUCAUCGGCUGGCUGGGCACCAUCAUCACCUGCGCCUUGCCCAUGUGGAGAGUCACUGCUUUCGUCGGGGCGAACAUCGUCACUGCCCAGGUGAUCUGGGAGGGCUUGUGGAUGAACUGCGUGGUCCAGAGCACCGGCCAGAUGCAGUGCAAGGUGUACGACUCCAUGCUGGCUCUGCCUCAAGACCUGCAGGCCGCCAGAGCCAUGGUGGUCAUCUCGGUGAUUGUCGGGGUGUUCGGCACCCUCAUGGCUGUAGUUGGAGGGAAGUGCACUAACUGCAUGGAGGAUGAAGUGGCUAAAGCCAAAGCCUGCAUCGUAUCCGGAGUGAUCUUCAUAAUAGCCGCCUUGCUCAUCAUGAUUCCAGUGUCGUGGUCAGCUCAUGCCGUGAUCAGGGACUUUUAUAACCCCCUGGUGAUCACAGCUCAGAGGAGGGAGCUUGGGGCUGCACUCUAUAUCGGAUGGGGCUCCGCCGGGCUGCUCUUGUUGGGAGGAGGCCUGCUCUGCAACAACUGCCCCCCAAAAGGCGGCAGACCCUACACACCUGCCAAGUUCGUCCCUGGAAGAGCCGUAUCAAACGUGGACUACGUGUGAGUGUUUGGGCUGGAAGUGCAUCAGAAAAUAUAUCCGGAUUUUCAUUCAGUUUUGUUAAAGAUCUCACAAGAAUGGUUCACAGAAGGAUCUGUUUUUAAGGUGUUUAAACAUGUUGUUGAUGACAAAAGGAGGAAAUCUGUGUAUUUACUUUCUUUUUUAACACUCAGUUAACAAUUUAAGCAUUAAAAUAACAAAAGACAGCACAGUGAUGUCUACUGUCUUUGUUUUGUUUGCGUUUGUCCCUAUCAAAGAUUAACAUAUUGCUGUUUUUACAUUUUCUUGUAAAACUGAACUCACUGAAGUUGUAUGUCUGUCUUUAUUAAAUUACUCUCACUUAUACCGCUUCUUGCAUGGCUGCUCUUAAAUGCUGUGAAAACCAAACAGUUCUUUUAUUUCUUUUCUUGUUUUUUCUUUUCAAAAGCUCCUUUUGAUAAUGAACAAUCAUUUGAAAAUCAAAUGUGAAGUUUUUUUUUCCUUCAACUGUAUAAUAAUGAUAAUGACUGCUGGAUUUGCAGUUGUCUUUUGAAUGUGAGAAAUAAAGUUUCGUUGUUUAUCCUAA